GAAGUAAAAGAAGGAAAAGAAGAAAAAGAAGAAGUGGGAGUCGAACGGGGCCCGAUGCCCGUUGCAUGCUUUUCUAUUCGAGAUACUUCAGCUGAGGACGAAAGCGCAUUCAGGGAGGGCCGUUCCGUGUUCAGUCCGUCUUGAGUCAUCUUAGCGCGCGUGCGUAAACAGCGCGCUUUUCUCGAACCCCUUGUGUUUUAAUGAAAAUUAAUCUCCAACUUAAAUUCGCCACGUGAAAUCUUUUUAUUUGCAUAUUUCUUUUCUUAAUUUCUUUUCAUUUUUUUUUUUUUUUUUUUUUUUUUGUCUUUAACCCUUUUAUUAUUAUUACUUUUUUCUUUCUCUCCUUUUCUUUUGCAUUUAAUCAACUUCGAAAGAGACAGUGACAAUGCUUGAAUAUCGUGUAACUGUACUACUCGCGUGCAUCACUAUAAUUAAUUUGCGCUCGACAACGUCUUCGCCGAUAUUGACGGAGCUCAAGCUUGGCAAUGAAUGCAACAGGAACAGAGAUUGCGAAAAUUUCAUCGCCAACAGUCAUUGCUACUAUGGUUACUGUCGGUGUCAACCCUUUUUCGCUGAACACAAUGGAACACGUUGCCUCGAGUCUACUCUAUUAGGUAACGAUUGUAUCGUAAAGGAACAGUGCUCGUUGAAGGUAGCAUACAGUAGCUGUCUCGAAGGAGCAUGCAGAUGCGUCGAAGGUUAUUUGCAAUUUCGAAGACACACCUGUUUAGGACCUGCAAAAUUGGGAGAGGUGUGUUACGAACACGCUCAUUGUCGAUUAUGGGAUCCAAAUACUCACUGUGACUUUCUUAUUCCUGAUCUAUUCGGACGCUGUCAAUGUACAGCUCCUAUGCGUCGUGAUGGUGACAUCUGCAGUCCUGACAGUCUCGUAAGGCCUUCUUUACCCUUGGAUCAAGAAAUUAAUUCACAGACGAUAACCGAACAGAUCAUGGAAACCAACGAAGAGAAUACAGAUAUUUUAAUGGCAACUUUUAAACCAGAGAACAUUGAAGAUCAGGAUAGUACCGGAGUUCAGAUAUCUUGGUUGAAGAAUGCAACGAUGCUUUUAUCGACGACAACGAACAGUCAACUAAUACCUGUUAAUUUAGUGACCAGACCUAGUUUUGUAAUCGGUAGACCACAUCGACCAAGUUCUACCGAGAUUGCCGAUGACGAUGAUGCAAUUGUCAUUGAAGCUGAACCUACGGAACUAGCUCAGACCACGAUAGUUUCAAUGACUCCAGCUCCGAUCAAAACGGAUCGUCACGAACCAACGACGAUGACAGCCAUCAGUUUAGGUCUCCCAUGUAUCUCUAAUUUAGAAUGUCGAAUGGCGGAUCCAUUCUCGAGAUGUAUCGACGGAAUAUGUGAUUGUAAUUUCCCUUCAAAUUCAACUUGCAAUGCAAAGAAAGGUGGUUGUACUCCAGGUACCUUCCAAUGUAGAAGUUCAGGUAACUGCAUCAGUUGGUUCUUCGUUUGCGAUGGUCGUGCAGAUUGCAUUGACGGCUCUGACGAGGAGUGUUCCAAGGGUAGUUGUCCUGCUCAAGCUUUUAAAUGCGCAAAAAGUGGCAUUUGCGUGUCCCGAGCAGGUCUUUGUGAUGGAAACAGAGAUUGUCCGGACAACGAGGAUGAAAAGGAUUGCAACAAUCGGCGAAAAUGUCCCGAGGGAGCAUUCAGAUGUAACAAUGGCCAAUGUUUACCGGCGUAUGAGUUCUGCAAUGCAGUAGUAUCUUGUCGGGAUGGCAGCGACGAACCUAGAGGAGCCUGUCGAACACGAUAUCGUGGUAGAAUAGCGCCUAGGACGUGUCCUUUCAAAUGCGAUAAUGGCAGAUGUCGUUCAGAUGCGAUUGCCUGUAGUGGACGUGACGGAUGUGGUGAUGGCUCCGAUGAACAACAUUGCUCCGUCUGUAAAUGUGCCGAUAUAGUCUGAUUUAAUGCAGUUUCCAUGCAUGUCAUCAUCGUCGUUGUCAUCGCCGGAAAUCCGUGGACAAAAAGAAAAACUGAGAAGUAAAAUGAAAAUAAUAUAAAUCAUCAAACGUAUGUACCUAUCUUCGAGUACGAGGAAGAUCCAGGAACUCUGUUGAAUACAUGUUAAGGGAGGAAGUAUAACCAAAGAUCCUUUAAGCCAGCUUGAGUUUCACGAAUCCAUUGUGAAUCUUUAACUGUUGGAAAUUGAAUUCGUCGCUUGUUGAAUCUCAACAGGAUUUGUGUAUUUAUUAUUUUAGUCGAAGUAUGAAAUAAUAUCAGAAUAUGUAUUUUAUAUAAGGAAAUUUUAUAUAUACAUAUAUUAUGACGAAUCAGAAGACGUUUUGGAAAAAAAAUCCACAUGAUCGAGACGCGAUCGUGUCAGGAGCUUCUUUUACAAUCCUCAGAUAUUGUAAUAAUUUUUGGACAGGAAGUUGAUGCAAUCCCUAACAAUGAUCUAUAUAAAUUCGUUUCUCAAUUUAACAAUUGACUAUAAUUCGCCAGCAAGUAGCUGGAGUCUUAUGUAUACUAUCUAUCACGCUUUUAUCAUGCUUCUUGAUUCGUCUCAUUGAACGGACUAUAAACAUAACAUUUUUAUAUUUCAUCGAUUUAACGAUGUUACAUUGUUAAAUAAAAAUUAACCGAAAUGACGAAGAACGUAAUGACUGCUUUGAAAAUAAUUUUACUUCGGUUUCUCAAAAAUGAGAUCACUUAUAUGUAUUUAUGUAAAACUUCACGGCCGAGUGUGUUUACUUUACAAGGUUAAUGUCUAUAUGAAUGAUGAAUAGAAAUAGAAGCACGAGCAUUCAUCAAGAUAUAUAUAUAUAUAUAUAUAUAUAUAUAUAUAUAUAUAUAUAUACAUAAGUUACAAUAGAACGGAAAUGACAAGGAAAAAGAAAAAAGAUCAACAUAAAAACCAAAAAUAGAUAAUGAGCUCACAUCAAGCAGUCAAUAAUAAAUACAAUACAAAUAUUUUUCGUACUUCCGAGUAUAGUUAUCUGCCAAUUUACUGGAUUAUUUAGUUUUAAAUAUAUAACAAUUUUCGAGAAUCCAUUAUAUAUAUAGUAAUAAUAUCUAAGUUUAAUUUUAUUAAUUAACGCUCAUUAGCGUUAGUGGUUAGUAGUGGUUAGUAAUUAGUUAGAAAUGAAAUUAGGAAAUGGUUAUUUCCUGAGAAAAAGAUAAUAUGAAUAAAAAAAAAAAAAAAAAAAAAAAAGGAAAAAUAAAAGAACAAAAUGCACUUCUAUAUGCCAUUGCGUCUGUUGCUCGUCAAUAUUUGCAUAAUAUCUUUGUCCUAUUAGUCGACAAUAUCUUGUCCGUUGACAAUUGAUUUAUUACGUAUGAAAAAACAUCUUGGAAUUAACAUUCAAAUAAACUUAAUUUAAUCGA